AUGAAAAUUAUUAUUGUAUUUAUCGUUUUAAUUACAAUUGCUGUAGCCUCAUAAUAAGAAGGCUUUGAUGAAAUCAAGUCAUGGAGGGAAAGAAUAUAAUUUAAAUAAGAUUAUGAGAAAUUAUAGGAAAUGAUUCAAUAGGUCGAUCACAUUAUAGCCUAUUUAGAUACAGAAUAGGGGAAGUAAUUUCAUAAAUUUAAUUCAAAGGAAUCUUACUCCCAAAUAAUAUGAAGAAUUGCUUAAUGAAAUUACAACAAUUGAAGAAGAGAUCAAAGUGAUAACAUCAUCUUACAAGGAAGACGAUUUAUGA